UUUGACAACGGUCAGUUCCCUUCCUCAGCUGAACGGCGCACUGUCUGGCGUACGCUAUCGGCACCUCCAGAGUUUCAAAAUGCCAUGGUGAUUGACGCGUUCCUUCCAUGGUACCAAUCAGCAGUGGAGUUUGGCUCCUUCCAUUAUUUCCCCUCCCACUGGUUCCCCUUCAUCGACCUAUCAGCAAGAUUUACAAACAAGGUAUUUUCGAGGUGGCUGCAUCAUCAUUCGCUUUGAUCAGCUCAACGGUGGUACAAUUCGAUGCUCCGGGUCUGUUGCCGGGUCUAAGGCACCUGCACAGAUAUCCGUGGUGCAACUGGCUGCAUGCCACCGCUUCGAGAUCUUCAGCCCAACGUCCCAAACAACAGCAAGCCGCUGAGCAGUGCGCAACCAGCUCUCCACGAAUCCACACUCACCGGGCGCGAUGCAAGCCUCUGACUGUUGUGCGGUGGAGUUGGGCUUCAACAGCUGCGGCAUCAACACGUAAUCCAGGCACGCUCCCUCAAGUGUCAAAAUCGUGAACGGUCCAGAAGACGGCCCACGUCCAACGCACUGCGAUUAACUUUGACCUCUGCGAAAAUACAAAAAAUGCAGCCAAUCACAUUUCGGUGCCUGACGCUGUUGAGAAGCGCAGGCUCGAUUUUCCAGCUACGCAAGCCACAUACCGCUGGUCCCAAAA